UGUUGGAUUAAUGAUGCGCUGGGAGCUGGCGGCUCCGGGGAGUUAAAGUUUGCUUUUCAAGCUGCUCACUGGCGCAUGAAACAUGAUAUUAACACAGAUUGAAGCCAAAGAGGCCUGUACCUGGCUCCGAGCUGCAGGGUUCCCACAGUACGCCCAGCUUUAUGAAGACUCCCAGUUUCCCAUCGACAUUUCUUCAGUCACCAAGGACCAUGACUUCCUGGAUCGAGAUGCUAUUGAGGCUCUCUGCAGGAGGCUGAACACUCUCAACAAGUGUGCUCUAAUGAGGCUGGAGAUAUCGCCACAAAGAAAAAGAAGCGAGGACUCGGAUGAGGAUGAACCUUGUGCCAUCAGUGGUCGCUGGACCUUCCAGAGAGACAGCAAGCGCUGGUCCCGCAUGGAGGAGCUGGAGGUUUUCUCCUCGUUCCCUACAGAUGUCUCUCAACCUGCCAAGGACCAGGUAUCCCAGAAAGGCAAGCCCACCCUGCGUGAAGGCAACAGCUCAGAGAGCGUACUGACUGACCUCAGCGAGCAGCCAGAGGUGGGAUCUAUCCAUAGCAGUGGGAGUGGAGGAAUAGGAGAGAAGAGCCAUGGUGCUGCUUCAGUGAAUGAAGCUCUACCUGUUGGAGCCACACGAGCCAGCUCAGUAGCCAGCAUGUGCUCAUCGUCAGGCACAGGAGGGUCUGGAGGCCAAAAUGAGGACUCGCUCUCUGACGGGUUGCCUCCGUCUCCCUUGGAGACGCUCAGACACUUCACCUUCGAUGUCAAAACAGGGAUGAUAGGAGGAAGCCUGGAUCGAGAGGGAGGCAGUGGAAAAAAUACACGCUCAAGAGCAAAAAGCUUCCUGAAGAGGAUGGAGAGUCUCCGACUUCGCAGCAGCACCUCGUCCAAGAGGAAGAAGAAGGGGAGCGCCGUUGGAGGGAGACUAGAAAUCAGUGGACCCGUUGCCAAACAGGGUCUGGAUGAAGACAAACUGAGAAGGUUUAAUUGUGUGGACAUCUCAAGCAUCAACUUAAACCACCAUUGCAAUCCCACUCAGACCAUGACCCUGAACCGGAACCGCUCGGUGUCCUACUCCACCCAGACCAGCAACGGGAGCACUGGGAGCACCGGCAGCAGCCAGUCUGAAGCCAGCAGCGGAAGUGCGGUGAGCACGCCCAGUCCAGUGACCCGGGCUCGCAGCCACAGCACAGCAGCAGGUUCCAGUAAGAGAGGAGGAAUGUAUUUGGAGGGGUUUGACCCUUUUAGCAUUCUCCAACAGGCUUCGGAUCAACAGCCUCCCCCACCCAAAUCUGCCCUGCCCAUCCCUUGCCAGGACAGAAAGGGCAUGUCUAUUGAUGAGCAGAACCACAAGAACAACUGUAGCAUUCAAGGUAAAGGUAGACAUGAAGAGGAGGAGGAUGAGGAGGGGGGCAUGAUCUUCUUCUACUUACCCGAAGGCCACAAGCCUGGAACGUUCCCCAAAGCCUUGCAGGAUGGGAGUUCACGUCACCACAACGGGAAUGAGAACGGAAACUCUGUGAUCCUCAGGGGACGGCAGAGCAGACGCCAGCGCUGGACCUCUUCGGGCUCCGUGGACAGCCGACUCAGCUUUUAUGACAACGUCCCCUUCACUGCGAGCGAGGAGGCAGUGGAGGAAGAUGGGGACGAGCACAAACUGGAGGAAGUUCUGCAGCACGUCAAUGGCUUUGUUAACGCCUGGUCAGAGGCUGUGGCCGGUGAGGAGGAGGAGGAGGAGGAGGAAGAGGAGAAUGAGGAGGAAGACGGGGACUCAGACUCAGCUUUGGACUCGGCAUCCCCCUGUCCGUCCUCUCCUUUGCAAAACCGUCUGGAGGAGACGGAGAAUGGAAGUGACCAGGACAGCACAGGAAACCCGCUGGGCGAAGCAGAGGACAGCAUGAGGGAGAGGAGUGAUUCAGGCGUGGGGGCGUCACUAACUCGGACCAGUAGACCGCAGAAACUCCGCUGGCCGAGCUUCCAGAACUCCCAUCGGCCCAGCUUGGCCUCCGCUCAGCUCCAGAUCAGUUGCCAGUCUGUGCUGCAGAUGAAUCUGCUCCAGAAACUCUCGCUUCUGCAACUCACUGCUCUGCUGGAAAAACACACUCCGACAAACAAACAUGGCUUCAGCUGGGCGGUGCCGAAGUUCAUGAAGCGGAUCAAAGUGCGCGACUACAAAGACAGGAACGUGUUCGGUGUGCCGCUGCAGGUCAUCGUCCAGCGGACGGGCCAGCCCCUUCCUCAGGGAAUUCAGCAAGCCAUGCGCUAUUUACGGAAUCACUGUCUGGACCAGGUGGGUCUCUUCAGGAAGUCCGGAGUUAAGUCUCGCAUCCAAGCCCUGCGGCAGAUGAACGAGGCGAGCGGCGCGGACGGGGGAGGAGUCAACUACGAGGGCCAGUCGGCUUAUGACGUCGCCGACAUGCUGAAGCAGUAUUUCAGAGACUUACCAGAACCUCUGCUCACAAGCAAACUGUCUGAGACCUUCCUGCAGAUCUAUCAGUACAUGCCCAAAGAGCUGCGUCUCCAGGCGACCCGUGCCGCCGUGCUGCUGUUGCCAGACGAGAACCGAGAGGCGCUGCGCACGCUGCUGUGCCUGCUCAGCGACGUGACGGCGAGCGUGGCCGAGAACCAGAUGACUCCCACCAACCUGGCCGUGUGCCUGGCCCCGUCACUGUUCCACCUCAACACCCUGCGCCGCAAGGAGAGCUCCUCGCAAAGGGUGAUGAACAGGAAGCAGAUGCUGGGAAAGCCUGACCAGAGGGACCUGAACGAAAACCUGGCUGCCACUCACGGGCUGACGCACAUGAUCCAGGAGUGCAGGAAACUCUUCAGGAUUCCUGAAGAGAUGAAUCGCUGCAGGAACUCGUACGUGGAGCAGGCUCUGCUACCGCAGCGCUUGGAGGAGCUUGCAGGUGACGAGGCCGGCCGGGGGAGCUACAGGGUCUACCUGCAGAACAGCUUGGACACUCUCCUCAAAGAGGCCAAAGACAAGUUCAAAGGUUACGACAGCUGCUCCACGCCUGAGCACGCCGAGCUGGCCUACAGGAAGGUGCACGAUGGAUUUCCACUGCGGCUCUGGAAAGUGACCGUCGAAGUUCCUGCGAGUCCCGAGGAGGUUCUGACCCGAGUUCUGCGAGAGCAGGGGCAGUGGGACGAGGACCUGCUGGAAAGCCGGGUAGUAGAGACCCUUGAUGAGCGGACAGAGAUCUACCAGUACGUCCGGAACACCAUGGCUCCACAUCCCACCAGAGACCACCUGUUGCUCAGAACGUGGAUAACAGACCUGCCGAAGGGUGCGUGCGCGCUCGUGAGUACGUCUGUGGAGCACGAAGGGGUAUCGGUAGUGGGCGUCCGCGUCAACGUCCUCACCUCGCGCUACUUCAUUGAACCGUGCGGAACUGGCAAAUCCAGACUCACACACAUUUCCAGGAUCGACCUCAGGGGUCGAUUCCCGGAGUGGUACAACAAACUGUACGGACACUCGUGCGCCGCUGAGGUGGCGCGGAUACGAGACUCAUUCACUGCUCCCCUGGACAAAUAAGAACACAGCGUGCAAUUUGGACCGACACCAGUUUCAUGGAUUGAAAUGCUUCUUUUUUUAUUUUAAAGACAAAGCCCGGAGGCUGGAUUGAAGGAUGUUUGCCUCGGGUCAGAACAGACUGAUGUUUGAAACUGUCACACUAAGCUUUAUCGUGACUUGGGGACAUUAUGUUGCUGAUACAGGAUGUAUGGUUCAGACUUUAUCUAAAGGGAUGAUACUGCUUCUGAGAAGCCAGGGAGAACCAAGGUAUGUUUGAGCUUGUGUGUGUGUGUGUGU